CAGCAAUGUUGUCCGGUUGGUAAGGAAGCGCGAUUUUACGACAGUUGUCAUCGUCCUCGCCCACCCGAACGCAGCGGAUUGUGUGUGCGGAUUCGGAUUUUGGCAGCGGAUUUUUUGCAGUGCGGAUGUGAAUAAAAAUGCCAUUGCACGCCGUGGUGCCGAUGUAGAUGGUUAAGUGAUAAAGUGUAUUAAAGUUGAUAGAAAGUGCUCCAAAAAAAAAAUUGAAAAAAAAACCAUAAAUACCGCAAAGUCUAAACAUAACGAAACCGAAACCCAAACAUCUCCCACCCACCGGGUCACGUUCCUGCUGGCCGGACGGAUUGGUGGCGUAGAAGCGUAGGAUCGCUGUGCGGAGUAAAUUUUAGGAUUCCUCCCUCUUAUCGCAGGCACGUCAAGCGGUGUGUCCCGUUUUUUUUUUGCUGGUUGCCCGUUUGGGCGCCCGUCUGGGACCCGGCACGCCCGCAGGGGCUUCCUUGCGAUAUGAUUGUCCAUUAUUUGAGCCGUGCCACGGUCUCGGUCCGUCUGUGCUUAAUCUGCAUAAAAGCUUAAUGAAGGAAAAAAGCGAACCAUCUCCACCGGUUCUCGUCCAGGAUUCCGGCCCUUUUCUGGGCCACCGGGGAACGGGAAUAUUUAUUCGCGGAAGUGCAAACGAGAAGUGAAAAGCCAGUCGAAAGUAACGCUCCCGGAAGGUGACGUGGUGCGGCGGAAAGAAAACGGCUCCACCGAACCAGGAAUCAGCGAGGGAGAGAGAGCGAAAGUGCUAUCAUUAGGUUUGGGGUUCAGGUUUUGGGAGAUGCUGUAAAAAUUCUUCCCGGAGCCCGGUGCCGUCGGGUGUUGUUCGCGAAAGCGAAAACGCGAACAGGAGAAGCACGACGAGAAUAACCUCCACGGCGAGUUACUUAAAGCAUUAAGCUCGUGGAUAUUCGUGGCAGUGAACCGAGGAAAUCCAACAGUUGGAACAGCAGCUAUAAACAGACACUCAAAAUCGAUUGAUUUUGUUUCUGUUUUUCGUUGGUUCGAUUUUUAUCAACCUCCCUAAUAAAGUGUAUUCACCCAGUGUGUGACAGCUGAAGGACUACUGCAGGACCUCCGAAAUAUCAGCAACUCCUAACUGAGCAAGAAAAAUGUAAACUCCCCCAACCAAGAAAAAAAAAAACAAAACAGUGAGCAAUCGUAACGUCGUGGUGAAGUGGUCAUGAAAUUAAAUUAAGUAUAUUUUAAGCGAUUGAAGCACCGCGAACCGAAAACGAAAAAACUCCCCGGGAAAGAUGCUGCCGAGCGUGAGCGGACGGUCACGGGGACCACCGUACGGCCACGAGUGGCCAUUAGUGCACGAGAAGCAAGGGUCCACCACUGGCACGGGUCGAAGGUGGAGGCCACUUUACCGGUGAACGAGCAGGUCGUGCUUCUUGCCCAAACGGUGCCGGCCCUGCAGGCCGGAAGGACGCAGCAACACUCGCCUGAACUGAAAGUCUUCACCGCCACGUCUGCGAGACGAACGCGAAACCGUACAAAGGUGGUAACGGACGGCAAAAGGAAAAAUCGCUACCCAUUAGUCACAAUCGCAAGCGGAAGCGGAAGUGGCAGCGGAAGUCGCAAACGGAAGCGGAACCGUGCUGGAAGCGGAACACGGUGACACGGUGAGCCGUACGGACCAAAACCGGCCCGGAAAGGGCUACGGCAGGCACAAAACAAAGCGACGAUUUCACGAGGGAGAAAGCGCCAGAAAGCGCUCAGGCAGCCAGCUUCCCGACCCGACGGAAUAAAAUACCGCGCGACAGCGAAGCGCGGCGAGUGUUGCGCAGGCAAAUUAACGCCGAACGAUUGACGUCAUGGAACUGGGAAUGGAGUGCAGCGCAGUGAGAAAAUGUGACAAAAUUAGUGACAGUGUGUGUGUGUGUGUGUGUGUGACGACGAGUGAAAAAUAACCGAAAGGUUGGAAAAGGCCUCCGAAAACAAAACCACUAGGGGCGCAAAGGCGCAUCCAUCGUUUAUUAUACGCACGCCAUUAUCGUUUGGUAUCACACAAAGAAAAAGAAGUAGUAGAAGAAGAAGAAGAAGAAAAAGAAAAGAGAAAAAAAACAAUACAAAACGAAAGACAACUCAACCUCGUUACCGGGCGCUGGUUAGUGGCUGGGGCCGCGUGUGAACCGCCUCAAAACAAAGUUUCGGGGUGAUAAUUUUCAUCCCACCGUUCCCCGGGUCCGGUGCAGGAAACGAUUUGCCACCGUCAUGCUAAUGGCGCCUGCGAUGGCGCUAAAGGAGCACGGUUCGCGUAGCCGCCGGGGGGUGGCCGGUGUGCGCCGGUGCGGUGCCGGUUGCGGCGGUGACUGCAAUCCGUUCAUUUCCACACCAUCGACCGUAUUUUCGCGAACUUUGCUCGUUACCUUUCUGCUGAUGACGUUCAACGUGAACGUAUGCCAGGUGGUACAGGCCGCGGCCAGUGCCAGUGCUAGUGCGAGCGCCAGUGCAGCUGCCGGAAUUGAGCGACGACCCAGCGGAGAUCUACAGCGGCCCGAUGGGCUGAAAAUGCAUCACUAUGGAAUUACGUCAGCAGCGUCCUCGGCCUCGCUGCAUCACGCCGGCAGCGGCACGUCAACGGCCUCUUCGUCGCCUGGGUCCGCAGCUGCCCUGGUCGCCGGGGGACUCUCGUCACCGGCGUCCUCGCUGACAGGGCCGGCGGAAAAGCCCUACUUUGACGAUGUCAACUCGCGCAACGUUACGACCGUCGUGGACGACACGGCGAUUCUGAAAUGUCGCGUCAAGCACAAAGGCGAUAGAACGGUGUCCUGGAUGCGCAAGCGGGACCUGCACAUAUUGACAUCCAACAUCUACACCUACACCGGCGAUCAGCGGUUCUCCGUAAUCCAUCCGCCCGACUCGGACGACUGGGAUCUGAAAAUAGAGUAUGCACAGCAGAAAGAUAGCGGAAUUUAUGAGUGUCAGGUGAACACCGAGCCGAAAAUAAAUCUCGCCGUCUAUCUGGACGUCACAGAUGAACGGGAGUUUGCCCAAGAUUUCUCCAAGUAUGGUCCAAACACUGGAGGAAAGCACUUUAUCGGUGCCAUUGGACUAGAUUUUCUCUCAACAGCCGCCCGUGCUAAGAUAAUCGGCUCGCAGGAGGUGCACGUCAAGAAGGGCAGCACCAUCUCGCUGUCGUGUGUUGUGAAUGUCCAUGCAUCGUCCAUCUCAUGGUACCAUGGAUCAUCGAUCGUUGACUUUGAUUCGGCCCGCGGUGGAAUCAGCCUGGAGACGGAGAAAACGGAAGGUGGCACCAGCAGUCGGCUAAUGCUCACCCGGGCAACACUGCGCGACUCGGGCAAUUACACCUGCGUCCCGACCGGCGCGAUAUCCGCCAGUGUACAGGUUCACGUUCUAAACGGCGAACAUCCGGCUGCAAUGCAGACCAGCAGUGGCGUUCCGUGCCCGACGCAUCAAACACUUAUCCUUCUCUUUGUAUCAUUGAAUAGUUGUAAUCUUAGCAAAUUAAUCUUCUUCAUAUCAAACCUGCUCGAGACGGUACGUUUCCUGCUCACCACAACGAUCGCCAACUUCCUCGUCCACAUCCGUCGGCUAGCAUCUGCGUUCGACGUGCGGCACUCAAAGUCCACCAGUUACGUUCUACUGACACUGGCUUCGAUCGGUACCCAUCUCCGGAUUGUACUCCCAACGCUUCGCCGUACGACGACGGAGCGCCCCACAGACUUGGCUUCAAUUCGCACCCAGUCGAGAUGAUCUUGUUCCCCGCGCAACAUCGGAAGACAUGCGACUCGCGGGCUUCAAACCGCGCUCCACUAGAUCCAAACCACUGGUGGCCGAAGGUCACUGGUCCCUUGAGCAUAUGUAAUCAACGUGUCCCAACCCAUCUUCGCAUCCAAUGCCGCCCCUUUUCAGGUGAGAAAUGCUGCGGAUAAUGUACGAAACUCCUGGUGCAAAAAAUUCCGACUAUCCGCAAAAGGGACACUCCAAUGUCCAGUUUCCAGGAACACGAACAAAAAAAAGCUCACUCUAUGUGGGCGGUCGUCGCGGUGAGGAACUUGUAAAUGUAUAAAUGUUAAGUUUCUACUUCAUAAUAAUUAAAAUAAUGUUUAAAUUCCAAGGUAAGCGCCACCGAGUGGUAGUGUGUGGCAUUAGCAUUGGUAGUGAACCGCGAAGAACCAUUGAGCGAAGCAUAAACCCGGAACAGGAGAGAUACAAAACAAAAAGCUACACUAUUCUGGAUUAUGAUGUAAUGGAUUCGGAGAAUCCUAGCGAGUAAGAUAAU